AUGUGGGUAUCAGAUGCACUGAGUCGAGCAUACCGCAACACCACCGAAGCCUCCAAGCACGAUACAAGUCUGAUCUGUACACUUGCCGAGAUAGAUCAUUCAGAAAACCUCUCGAUUGCACCAUACAGGCUCGCUGAAUUCAGAAACGAGAUUGCCAGGGACCCAGUGAUGCAAAAGCUAAUCGGAGCAAUCAAGGGUGAAUGGCCAGUGUCAAGGAAGUCCUGUACCCCUGAGCUGACGCCUUACUAUGACAAACGAAGUGAGCUUAUAGAAGACAAGGGACUAGUAUUCCUGGGGGAGCGAUUGCUGGGAGGUCCUCUAUUGGCCCCUCAUGAAUUCGGAAGUAAAGGACUUUGUUUCCAAAUGUUCAAUCUGCCAGUCGUACCAGCCAGAUCAGUGCCGCGAGGAAUUGCAACCGUAUCCGAUCCCGUCGCGUCCCUGGUCGAUGCUAGGUGCCGAUUUUUUGACCUUGGGCAACAACAUUUCUUUGUCCUAGUCGACUACUGGAGUGGGUUCUUUGAAGUCCAGGAGGUUAAGGUGGCCACAUCUACUAGCGUGAUAGCUGCGUGUAAAGUACAAUUCGCCCGCCAUGGGAUACCAGACGUGCUUAUUACCGACAACGGACCUCAGUUUACGUCAUCGGUGUUCAGUGCAUUCGUGAGAGAAUGGCAGUUUGAACAUAGAACUUCGAGCCCCCGUUACCCCCAGUCAAAUGGCCGCGCCGAGAAUGCCGUGAAGACCUGCAAGAACUUGAUGACGAAAGCGAAAGCGGAUGGGCAAGACCCGCUGUUAGCCCUUCUUGAUUGGCGCAACACCCCAACAGAGGGUCUAGGAACAUCACCCGUACAGAGACUGAUGGGACGCCGCACACGCACUUUCUUACCAACCCAUGAAACGCUCCUGCGGCAGCCAUCACACCAGGAAACAGCCACCAAAUUAGCUGAGCGCAAGAAAAGACAAGCUCAACAAUACAACAAAAAGUUUCGCCCUUUAGAGGCACUAAAGUGUGGACAGGCCAUCAGGAUGCGGCUUCCCGGAAGGGAGGAAUGGAGUCUGGGGACCUGCAUGAAAGCCUUGGGGAACAGGUCUUAUGAAGUUGAAGUUUGCGGCAGGCGAUACCGACGCAACCGUCGGCAACUGCGCCUGACCCCGGAAACAGCACCACCUAUGAGUCUGGUAGAACUAACUCCGCCCGAGUCUACCCUCAAACCGGCGCCAAAUCUGACAGAGCCAGGACCUCCUCCACCGGAGUUCCAUGGCGAGACCAAAACAGAGAGAAUGCCACCUGAAAAUGAGAUGGGAACUGAGCUUGAGCCACAAAGGAUUGAAACUCGUCGAUCAGAACGCAGACGUCGACCGCCUUUGUGGCAUCAGGAUUACCAUAUGAACUGA